AUGUCGGACUCCGUCCCAAGUGAACGUUUUGCUGAAUUGAUGAUAUCUGGAAAAUACAGUGAUCUGGUUUUGGAGUGCCAGGGCAAGCAGUUCAAAGUGCAUCGAGCCAUAGUGUGUGGCCACUCGCCUGUUCUGGCAGCUGCUUGUGACUCAGAUUUCAAGGAGGCGGUCACCAAUACUAUCGAAAUAACCGGGUUUGAUGUCGAGACUGCGAAGCAGAUGGUAAACUUUAUGUACACGGGAGACUACGACGAGGAUGUGGAAGGAGGACAGUCUACCAUCCCAUCCGACGGCGAAAUCCACACAGAUGAACCUCAAUCACCGAGGAUGAACCAGUUAUUAUCACGCCACAUACAAAUAAACACAAUUGCGGACUAUUAUGACGUUGCGCAACUACGAGAGCUCUCCAAUUCUAGAAUUCAGAAAAUCCUUACGACUUCCUGGUCACCACACGGCUUCGGUACUGCCAUAGAAGAAGCUCUUAGGUCAACGGGUGACAAGAAGUUACAUGAAAUUCUCGCUGAGAGUGCGGCCGCGCGAAUCGAAACCCUCGUGGACGCGAAUGAAAAUAUUACCAGCGAGGAUUUUGCACAGAGCGUCAUAUGCAAGGUGGUUGAUUUGUACAAAAAGGCGAAUGAAGAACUGAAGGAGCAGUUGCAGUUGCUUGGGAAUAAACUAUCUAUAGCGCAAAGCGAUAUCGAGACCGCGGUGAGAGUGAAGAAAGAUUUCGACAAUUGCAUUCAGCUUCUCCAACAGACGAAGUGUUGUCGCAAUAUCAACUGCGAUGCAGACUUCAGCUGUUAUUUCGAGGAUACUGGUCAUUGGAAUAACGUCCAUAUUCUUCGAUGUUCAAAAUGCCUAUGCAGACAUAAGAGUUAA